AUGGGAGUGAAUUCAACAGAACUAGAUAUGUUUGAAAAACAAUUUACUGAAUUGGUGGGAGAAUUUCAACUAUUAACGAUAUCUGAAUCUCGACUAAGAGAAGCACUUCGCACCGAAGCGGCUCGUGCCGAAGCUGCCGAAGCAGCUCGCGAUAUAGCUGAGAAAGCCGCAGCAGACAUGCGGGCUAAUGCCGCCGCUGCCACCGCUGGUGCCGCUCAGGCAGCGCAAGCAUUGAAUGCCAUACAGGAUAACCUUAAUAACGUUAAAGUUCAGUUAGAUGUUGCGGAACGUACACGGAUGCUUUUCGAGGAAAAAUGUUCUGAGAUGAGCGAAAACAUAGCUGUACUUGAUAAAGAACUUCAACAAUUGAGACCUCUUCAGUCAUCCUACGUUGCAUUACAACGCCAGUACAUAGAACUGCAACAACAAACACAUACUGCUACUGAAGAUGCCCGCAGGGAGGUAAGUCGCUUGGAGAACGAGUUACGUCGCGUGGAGCGUUGCGCUAGCGCGGGCUCGGAGUUACGUGAGCGAGCGCGCUUGGCCGCAGCCGCACAUGCGCGGGAACGGCGUCUUGCUGCUGCUGAACUGCAGGAUACUAAUCGGGAAUUGCAUACUGCUAAUGCUGAAAUUAUGCGUCUGAAGGUUAUUGUUAGUGAACUUCGAUGCAAACUGUCCGAUGUCCAAGAAAAAAAGAAUAAGGAAUACGAUUCACACGUUGAUCAAAACAUUCUCGAAGAAACUAAAGCUGCAUUAGAAGCUGAGAGAAGCACAAGUGCCCGUCUUAAAAGAGCUUUACAGGCAGCUAUAGCUGAUAACGCGACUUUGGCUGCACAUCUCCAUCGUACUGAUAAUAAUUCUGUUGAACCUCUGCAUGAAGUGUGUAAAACAGAAGAACCGCUCCCUACAAAUAUAUGUCCUAUUGAUUCGUUUCUUGCUGAUUAA